GGGUAUGUUAGCCAGUAGUCCUGUCAGUUGAGUUAUUAGACAGCCUUUUAAAGUGACUAACCCAGUUGCCAACCAGUAGAUGCCUGUGCAAGCCAGAUAUUGCUAGAUAUAGCAAGCAGAAUUCCAGGAUAUGAGCACCACAGACAGCGACAGCUCCACAGAAAAGAAGCCAGUCAGCUGCGCAGAGGGAGUGGCUGAAAAAAAGCAGGAAGCAGCACAGUCUCCUUCUGAGAGAGAUGCAGAGAGAGGGGUAAAAUGCCAUGCCAGUGAUGUAGCAUUCAAUGUGAUAUUCAAUCUCCCUUCCUUGUCUACAGCCUUCACAAAAGAGCUUUUGCCUACAACUAUCUGUAAAGCCCAAUUGCCAUCAGGCAUCUUAAAUGUGACUUUGCCUUCAAGCAACAGUAAUAUUAUUUUGCCUGCAAGCAGCAUGAAUGAACCUUUGGCUUCAAACAACAUUACUGUUAAUUUGCCUGCAGGCAGUGUAAAUUCACAGUCCCCUUCUGAGAGGCCAAAACAUAGUAAGGAGAUGGGUGUAGAAGGGAACAUCAGUGAUACAGUAAUCAGUCUCCCAUCUUUGGCUAAAGGCUGCAAAAAUGAUCUUUUGCUUACAGCUACCUGUAAUGUCUGGUUGCCUUUGGACAGCAUAUAUAAUUCUUUGCUUUUAAACAACAACAAUGUGCCUUUGGUUACCAGAAGUAAUACUGAUUUACCUUCAGGCCGCAAAAAUGCUCUUUUGCAGAGAGGCCCAUGUAAAGCUAUGGUGCCUGCAGACAACAUAAAUUCUCUUUACCCCAUCACCAAAAAAAAUGCUUCUUUGCCUCUAGGCUCAAUAAAUACUGUCUUACCUAUAUGCACUGAUAAUGCUCCAGAGAUUCCAAAAUUUGACUGCCAUCAGACCGGGCCCCUCUCACAAGUGAGUGCCUUAAUAGACCAAGUGGUCUACACGCACUCAGCCAUACUAGGAAGUGAGGCCUUAUUACUGCAGAGUGAAGAGUUUCUUAUGCUAACAAGAGAUAUCUUAAAGCAGGGUAUGGACGCAGAAAAGCAGUGGAACCAAAGGCUAACAGAAGAUCGCCUACAUCACAAAAUAGCUAAGAAGGAAAUGGCGUGGAUGCAGUUAUGUUAUAGUAAAAGUGGUUCAUUAUCCCCACCAUUUUCUGAAGAGCAUUUCACUCAGUUCCAGGAUGUAAUUGAAGACACUGAUAGGGUCCUGCUGAAAUUUGAGAAACUCUGUGCCAUGUACAAUGUGCCUGAGCCAGAGUGGGUCUGUUUUCUACCUGACAGGCUCAAAAGCAAAGCAAUAGGAUACUACUGUGAUGUGCCUAUGAAUGCCUGCCAGGAUUACAAAAUAAUAAAGGCAGCCUUGCUGAAACCUUAUGAUAUUGAACCAGAAAUCCAUCGUGUCAAGUUCCGAAAUAUGGUGCGGAAUGCAGAAGAAUCUUUUACCCGCUUUUACCAGAGACUCCAGUACCGCUAUAAGCGAUGGAUGGACACCUCUAAUGUAAAAAAAUUUAAGGACUGCUAUAGGCCUCUAGUGUUAGAGCAAUUGCUUCAAACGUGUCCAGCUGAGGUUAAGCAAACGGUUCUAAACCAAGAGGGCUGCACGCCAUAUCAGGCUGCCAAAAUUGCAGAUGAAAGCAUGCAGCUACAUCCGAAAACUGCUGCUCAUCCCAAACUGAAGAAACGCUGUGCACCACCCAAAAUAGAUGGAAAUAUAGAUGACUUCCUUCAGUAUUUUGUUGCAGACAAUGAAAACAUCUUGGAUAUGUUGGAUUUAUUUGAGUGCAGGUGCAUGUUUCAGAAUUUGCCCAAAUCACGCUGGGUGAAAUGUUUAUAUCGCAAACUGAAGGGGAAAGUGCUGGAUGUCUGCUUAUCUGUGCCACAAGAACACAAGCAUGAUUAUGAUUUUGUAAAGGCAGAAAUCUUAAGAUUUUAUGCCAUCACACCCAAGACCCAUUUGAAAAAGUUCCGAACCAUCCAGCGUCAGGCUGAUCAAACCUUUACAGUUUUUUAUCAAAGCCUUCUCUGCCAUUAUAAUAGGUGGAUGGAGGCAUAUGCAGUCAAGACUUUUGGACAGUGCACUAACAUUUCAGAACAUUUCAUAACAAGCCUGGCUAUGUAUUGUGUUUAAAGGAAAGCCAUAUUUUAGUAUAUCCACAAUAUUAUACAGAAUGUUUAAUAAAAUAGAGUAACAAUA